GAAGGAAGGGACCUUGCCUUGCGUCCGCGAUCAGAGAGAUCCGCGCGCGCGUUGCUUUUUCGCACUUUGAACAUUCGCCGAUCGACAACGGCGGUGAGGUGAGAGAUUAUUAUUAUUAUUAUAACGUAUCAAACUAAUAUUAUCCAAAAGAAAACUAAAUACUACAAAAUAGAAGAAGAAAAAAGUGCACAUCUUGAGAUCGAAAGACCCAUCAUCCCUGAAGACGCUCGAAUCUGAAGAAGAAAAAAGAGAAAGAGCGAAAAGAAAAUAAUCGCAAAAGUGCUUACCGUCGUUGGUCAAUCCGGAGUGCGUGGGUGUGCGUGUGUGUUUCAAUUGUUUUCAGUUUGCAGUCUGCAGUUUCUCGAUUCCGCAAGAUAAUCAAUCAUGACGCUGCUGAAAACCUAUUACUGUUGUUUCUCUCUGCGAACGGGAAGCAUAAAUGCAGCCAUCCUUGGAAUCAUCUUGGGAAUACUUGGUAUAGUGCUCGUAUUCACGGCCAACAUUGAUUUCAAGACGAUCGUGAUCGAUUGGCUCCCGAAAUGGAUCGUCAACAUAAUCAUCGUGAUCAACUUCGCGAUGACCAUCCUCAUAUCGAUGUUGCUCCUCAUCGGCAUCAUCAAGAGGAAUGUUUAUUUGAUGAUGCCGUGGGUCAUACUGGGAAUAAUGCUGGCAAUCGGCCUUCUCGUUUCCGUCAUCUACACCUCAGUCAACUUCUACAUAGAAGGCGAAAGUCUCGCGGGCACCUUGAUGCUAGUCUUGGGUCUCUUAUCGAUCGUGAAAUACAUUUACAUGUGGAUGGUGACGUACAGCUUCUUCCAGAUCGUCAAGGAAGAGUACGACAGAAGGGCGGCUUACGAGAGGGCGCCGUUCAGGAGGCAAUAUUAAUCGAUCGCUUGCAUUGUUCGUUUUUGAUUAAUUUGGUUCAAAAACCUGUUUCUUAUUUAUAUAUAUAUAUAUUUAUAAUUAAUUAUCUAGAGCAAAUAUUUGUCAGGAGAACAAACAGAAGCGCAAACAAAAGGUGCAUUAAUUUGCGAUUCGUAACCACGGAAACGUUUAUUAUGCGAUUCAUGCAAAUAGCGGGAGGCUGUUCGAUGAACGCACGUGUCGUCUUCGAGUCUUAGUAGGUGGUGCAGCUUACGUAACACGCAAAAAAAAAAACAAAAACA